UUCAUUUCGGAUCUCCAAGCGGAGGAUUCUACUCUUCAAGAGAGUAGGCCUAUUCAUCUCUAUAUAAAAAUCAUUCUCAGAGGAGCAGCUCUGCACACGGCGAGCACCAAAGGGGAAUUGUGUGUUCGUGUGUGCGUGAGUAGGUGACGUCACAAGAGCGAGCGAGAUCGUGAUUGGUCCACAAGAGGGAUCGAGUGAAGCUCAUUGGCUCGCGUGAGAAAGAGGAAAGAAAACGGAGCGUGAGUUGCGCAGACGCGUGAGGGGAACGUGACGUCACAGAAAAGGGAGGAGUUUCUCGACGUCACAGAAAGGGGAGGAGUUUCUCAACGUCACAGAAAGGGGAGGAGUUUCUCACUCAGAGUGGUUACUGUAGAGUGAAGAUCUCUGUGGCAAGGAAUAUAAUUACUAUUUUAUGCUGAUUGAGCUUAUGAAUGCAUGAACUCUUUUAAUUAAAGAUUUUAAUUUUGAUUAUAUACUCCUCAAGUAUAAGUAUUUGAUUGUCUCUGUAUAAGUCUUAAAUGCAUACAAUUCAGUAAUCCUUUUUAGUGAUUUUAGAUUGAUAUUAGGCUAUUAAUUAAGUUUUCUUGUAAGUGCUAGUGUAUAAAGUAAGAAAGUUUUACUAACAUAACACAACAAAACUUUUCGACCAUUUCAUGAUACAUAUAUCUGUUAUCACUUUGAUUUUGGCUUCCUCAAUUGGUUUAAAGGUAAUAAUUUAAUUCCCCCAAUAUCGUGACAGAUUUUUUUCAUCAGUUUUAGUGUGAAUAAUAGGGUAUUAUACAUUUUGAAAAUUUAAAUAUCUGUGUAGUACUGGUGUUAAGUUACUUUGGAUAAAGAAGAAGAGAGAGAGAGAGGAAAAGUGACUAUAAAAAGAAGAGAAAAAGACGAAAAGUGAUUCUAUUAAAGAGGAGAGAGACGAUAAAACGCGAGAGAGUUGCGAGGGCCGUUGGCUCGACUCUCCUUGUCGUUUCAAGUGAGAAUUUACAAGUCAGGCUGCGAGGGCCGGGUGCCUGGCUGACACUUGAAAUUCCAAGAAAGUAAUUGUGACUCGGAAGUAACAAGACAAUUGAACUAAAAGGAAAAAGGAUCCCUAGGAUAUUAAAAACAACAACAAAAAACACAGUACUACCAACCAGUGUUAAGUGUGCAUGUCCUAGGAAGACAGCAAUAGAGGGGAACGGAGAACAGUGAAUUAGGUAAAACUGCGGAUCCCGAGCCAGGAAAUUCUGAAACUCGCGGAGAAUUUACCGAUACUUCCAGUUCGGACGUCCUUCGAGAACCUUUCACGUGGGCAGAGGCUGUCGUCGACAUGGGGCAAGAACCUAAUCAACGCCAGACUACCGACACGAAUCUGAGAAGGGAAGUAGAACGACUGAUGGCGGUAGUGACAAGCCUUCGUCAGCAGGUCGCUCAGCUUAGGGCACCAGACCCAGCGGGAGGCGUGGUAAGGCCUGUAGAAGUGGUGCUAAGAAGCAGUUGUAUUCCCAUGUUCAAGGGGAAGGAGGAUGAGCUAUUGGGAGGCGAGUGGAUUGCCCGGGUGGAGUCCGAGAUUGAGCGGAUGGGACUCACGGGAGACCGAGAGAAGAUAAAUUUCGCCUUAAGUCACAUCCAUCCAGAAGAGGGGAAUGCAAGGGUGAUCGCCCAGGUGAACCCAUCCCGUUGCGCUUGGGAGGACUUCAAGGGGGCCAUUCUGGCCAUAUUCUCCCAAAGGACGAAAUUUUGGGAUGAAUGCCUAAGAGAGGCCGAGCGAUAUCAGGACGAGUCCUUUGAGGAGUGGUUGCACAGCGCGAAAGCUCUCCGAAUGAAUUUUACUCUCUUAUGGGUAUGGCCUUUCCCUGAAGAUGCAUUAUUCUCCAUAACCAUGAGGUGUUUGGCAGCAACUAUGGUUGGCUCUGCUUUGGACAAAUACAGAAUUGGAGAUGAGUGGGAUGUACAGAAGUUAAAAACCCUCCCAUACUCACAAAUCAUAAAAGAUUACAGGGGAUGGGUGGAGAAAAACAAGGAGAAGGAUGAGCAGUUUCAAUCAACUCUGCGUCCCAGGUUUGAAGCCACUACAGCAGUGGCAAGGGGGAAGAGAGUGCCAUCGACCAGGGCCAAACGCAAGAACCCGGCGAAGAUCAAAUGUUUCUUCUGUGAAGAACGUGGUCACAUAGUCCAAGAUUGCCCGCAGAAGAAAAAUUACGGCACUGGUUAAGAGUCGAGAAACUCUUCGGGUCUGUCCUAGGGGGAUGGCAACAAAAAGGAAUAAAAGUAGAUGUGUAUGUACGGGAAGCUGAACGCCAGAAUUAUUCCCAGAUACAUGAUGACUAAGGUAAAGGUACCUAAAGUCAAAAGUAUUUUACUGCAGUUUGGGACUCCGGGGCGAGCCCAGCAUUGGUUUAAUAUUCUAUGAGCAGGGAGCAGGAGGAGGUGAAAGGGUCCGUGGAACCUUCCUUUGCUUGUACCACAGGAAUUGCUCGUAAGUGGAAUACUUGAAGGAGAGCCGGUGAAGGCACUAGGCCCAGAUGACCUUCAGGAUGGGAGGAAAGGUAUUCUCUCACAGGUGCAUCGUAUUUCAGGAUGAGGUCAUUAACUUUCCAGGGAAUUGUGAUGUUACUAGUAGAUUUUGACAAAUGGAGAAAUUGUCAAGGAUCUAAAGUCCUGCAGAAAGGUAUGAUAAUCCAUGAGGGACACAAACCGGUUCAGUCACCUCAGGUGGUAGGGUGCCACCAGAUGAAUAAGAGUCUGGAGGAGCUAAGGAUCUAAGGAAGAUUUAACAGAGGAUGAAAUUGACUCUAAAUGAAUAUGCAGUGGUUUCACUGGAAACAAUUACUGUUCCUCCAGGGAAAGCAGCUGUAUUGAUAGGAUGUCAGAAGAAAAUGUUGAAAAAUGGAGGAUGGAACUCCAAUAAUGGUUAGAGGAACUCCAUUACAGGAGGAUUGUGUUACAAUUCCUGUUAUAUGCAAAACAGAGAAUAAGGUGAAACUCCCAGCUUGUAACUGGGGUAGAAUACCACUACUAAUCCGCCAAAAAUGGAGGAUAGCACACGCAUUCCCUAUGCAAGAGAUGGAUAUGGAACCGUUUGGGAAUUUAGACAAGGGUCUUAAUGUAAAACAGAGUAAUGGCUAAGUUAAUAGUAAAUGCUGCAAUUACAGAAAGACCAGAGAAUGGGGAUCAAGAUGAUUACCCAUUGGAACAGGCACUUCAGUUCGACCCUCAACAUUGAAACCUUAAUAUGUAAAAGCAGGUCGGUAUCCUACUUUCAAUGAAGAUUGCAUUCAGAAAUUACUGAAAGAAUUAGAGGUGGAUAGUUGGGUACUAUCUACAAACCAGAGGAAUGACAAUUGAGUCAUCAGGAUAGGUGCCUGAGGGAGAGCAGGAUGAAGAGGAAGAUGGACUGUCCUGAUUGUUAGAAGAAAUGUUUAGAGAGUAGAGACAAAAUUCUCUAUAUGGACCUGUAAUCCAUUAUCAUAAGGAUAAGACUGAAAUUAACUGAAAGUAGGUUUAUCCAAAGGUAGAGAUAAACGACCUCUUUACAGAAUCAGCCCCAGAAUUCGAUGAGGGAAGUCGAGGAAGUGCGUUGCGGAACCUCAAAGGAGAGGAAAAGGCUUUGGCUCAAGGUGAAGUCUGGCUGAACAUGAAUUAGUGUUAAUGACCAGAGGUUUCAGAGAGGUCUCAAAUGGUGUUCAAGGGAACCAACAUUGUGAAAAUAAGAGAAAAAGAAGCCUUUUCAAGGUUGGAUGACUUCUUUAUGUUUGGACCUAAAUUCAAGCAAAUAUCUUGGUAUAUAAGUUUUUUUAUCAGAGAUCUAAGGGUAGUUAAUAAUAAUUCAAUUCAGUCUAAAGCAUGUUUGGGUAUGGUUAAUGCAUCUAUUAAUGGCCUUGUGAAGGCAAUUGCCUGUGUUUGUUAUAACCAUUAAUUAGUAAUUAAAUUUGUAAAGUUAUUUCUUGUGUGUUAUAACCAUUAAUUAGUAAUUAAAUUUGAAGUUAUUUCUUGUGUUUGUUAUAACCAUUAAUUUAGUAUUCAAUUUGUAAAGCUAUU